UUGUUGACACUGUUUACCAACAUGCAGGAAUCAGAUCAUUAAACUUCCUGUUGUCCUUGCCAGGGUCCCACUGCCAUUGUGCAUCCUUUUCAAAUGAGUAUUCCCACAAGGAAAAAAAUGCUCUUGCCUUGUAUCUGCUGUUGUGCAGGGAUUAUAGCAUCACAUCCAGUUACGGGGAAAAUAUGCAGAAUCCCAUGUAUUCAGAGAGUGCUAUCUAACACAUCAAUGAAGCCAAUUGAGUUGCCACUCAUUUUAUCAUCAUGUACAUCAUAUUCUAGCAUAUCCUCGAACACGUUGGGCGUGGCGUGAACUGUUGGUGUCAGUUCCACACUGGGAAGUCGGAUGUCGGGCUCAGGAGUUUGUUGUGCUGUUGGCAUUGGUGUUUCAAGUGACCGUGGAAGGAUAAGUGAUGGAGUUUGGAACAAGGCAGAGGCUUGAGAUUGUUCCAGUGAGCCGUUGUCAGGCGCACAUGGCUGCUUGCUAAGGGAGACUGCAAGUUGUGAAACCAUCGAUGCGAGCUUCACAAGCUCACCUUCGAUACUGUCAAAGGAGGUUUGAGUCUGCACUUGUUGGUGUUCCAAAUGGGCAGUGAUGUCUAGAACCUCGUGUGGAAGCCUCUUUGGCUUGAGCUUGCUGGUGUGCCGCCCUCAUCAGAGUAGCCUUCUUGGCUUGAGCUUGGAGGUGGAGUUGCUGCUCCUCUGUGGCUUCUUGACAUCACAUCAGUGGUCAUGGUGUCCAGCCGGAAGCACGGGUAGUCGCAUUUGGCGCCAGAUGCGAAUGUGUAGUCCAAGGCCUGCUUGGUCCGCUAAUGAACACAGAGCUGGGGAGGACGGCCGGCGUCAUCAGGCGGAGGAAGAGAUGGAUGGAUCGCUUCAUUUUCUAAAAGAAACAGAUCACCCUGCCGACAGGAUGUUAAUUCUCAUGGUGGCAAAAAAGUAAGAUAUCCAAUGCCAGAUCUUCCAGAGGACAUCUGGCGUCAUAUACAUUUCCUACUGCCAAUGCAAGAUGCUGCCCGUGCUGCCUGUUUGUCUAGGUCCUUUCAAAGCUCCUGGAAAUGCUACCCCAAUCUUACCUUCACUAAUGAAACAAUGUGCUCCAAAGAAAAUUCAUGUAAGAGAACAACGGGCUCAAAUGUUAUAUGAGACUACAACAACAAGAUUGACCGUGUUUUAAGAAACCACUCAGGAGCUGGUGUGAAGAAAUUGAGGCUUGAACACUAUGUUAUUCCUUGUGAUGCAGAACCGUAUCAUCAUCUCACCAGUUGGCUCCAGAUUGCGGUUACACCAGGGAUUGAACAACUCCACCUUACAUUAUCCCCGAAGGAUGCAACGUUUAACUUUCCAUGUAUGCUUCUAUCUGAGAGAUGUCAAGGCUCGAUGCAGUAUCUUCACCUUGCCAAUUUGGACUUACAUCCCACAUUUGAACUUGGUUUGAGAACCCUAAGAACGCUGCAUCUGUGUAAUGUGCAUAUUACUGGGGAUGAGUUAGGGUGCCUUCUGACCCAUUCCUUUGCUUUGGCACAUUUGAGACUUCAAUAUUGUCAUGACAUCAUUCGCCUGGAGAUACCUUGUCUGCUGCAGCGGCUCAGGUUCCUGGAAGUGCUUGAAUGUAGCCUUCAGGUGUUAGAGAUCAAUGCCCCAAAUAUCUUCAGAUUGCGCUUAUUAGAUUUUAGUGUGCAACUCUUGCUUGGAAAGUCAUGGAAGAUGAAGAACCUGAUGUUGAACAAUAGCUGUGUCAUCAGUUAUGCUAUUAACAACCUUCCUUCCUGUGCACCAAAAAUACUUAAUGCACCAGUGGCAUCUAGCAAAUUUCGCCACCUCAAGUUCUUGAAUAUUUAUCUUGCGGGACUUCAUUCUCAUCGGGACUAUGAUUAUUUAUCCUUAGUUUCUUUUUUUGACGCUUCUCCUUUGUUGGAGAAGUUUGUCUUGCUUGUAUCACGAGUGCAGUCCAAGUAUGACUGGUUUGAGGGAGAUCCCUCAUCUCUGAGACAAAUGUCAGAACACCGCCAUCGCAACCUCAAGAGUGUGAAGAUCAGUAGUUUCUGCCCCCAAAAAAGCAUGCUUGAGCUAGCACGUCAUAUUCUUGAGAAUGCAACAUCACUUGAGUGCCUUACAUUGGACACCACUCCUAUUAGUCACCGAUGUUCUGGCGAUAUGUUGGACAGGAAAUGCCCUCCACUGGAAACUGAAUGUAUAAGGGAUGCACAUAAAUCAAACUUGGCUGUGAGAAAAUACAUUGAGGGGAAAGUUAACUCCACAGUCAAGUUAAACUUACUAGGGCCUUGCAGCCGGUGUUAUGCUUUGUGAAAUUCAGAUCUCAAAUCACCUUGUGAAGUUUAGUUGUUAAAUGUUUGCCUUUGAGUUCUUUGUUUGGGCUUCGUAAUAGAACUCCCAUAAUAACUUAUUAGCAGACUGUCAAAUUUAUGUAUUAUUUACUUGAUUCACCAGUUAUUGUUGUGGAGUUCAUUUA